AUGGCUCCAACCACCGCCAGCCAAACCUGCUUCUGUGGCGCAACCAAGCUGGAGUUCCUCACCGCAUCAAUGUUCGCGACCAACUUCUGUGUCAAAGACGCCAAUAUCACGUACGUCAAUGGUGGUGACAACUUGAAGAAGCGCGCCCAGAGUGCGUCCAUCGCAAGCGGGAACUCCAUGAACGACACGAGGUGUGGUGAAUGCGGCACACUCAUGAACCGCCAGAGCAAUGGCUUUCAAGGAUUGAGCUUCCUGCGCGUUGGUGAGGUUGAUCAGUUGGAUGAGCUGCUGGCAACUACGUUCAAGCCCAGAGUCGAGCAGUUCCUGAGGAGCAAGGCGCCAUGGAUUGGCGAGAUUGAUGCUCCUGAGAAAGCUCAAGGUCAAUACGACUUCUCGUGA